GCUCGCUGCACGGCUUGAAGGUGAAGCUAGCUCGUUUUUCUMCGUUCUCCUGAUUAAAAAUACCAGAUUUUUGACCAUGCAGGCUCAAAUAUGUAGGCGCCUGGCUCACAGGUACCUGUGCAGYACCUACUCACAUCAGCCGUCACUUCAUGAAGUGGUCAUCGUCAGCGCCGUGCGCACUCCAAUGGGCUCGUUCAGAGGCAGCCUGGCAGCGGUCCCGGCCCCCACGCUGGGCUCGGUGGCCAUCAGGGGAGCUGUGGAGKGAGCAGGUGUUCCUCCUGAGGAGGUGAAGGAGGUUUAUAUGGGCAACGUUCUCCAAGCAGCAGAAGGACAGGCUCCCACACGCCAGGCUUUACUAGGAGCAGGCCUGCCCCUCAGCACUCCAGCAACAACCAUCAACAAAGUCUGUGCCUCUGGGAUGAAGUCCAUCAUGAUGGCAGCUCAGAGUCUGAUGUGUGGACACCAGGAUGUGAUGGUGGCAGGAGGCAUGGAGAGCAUGUCCAACGUGCCCUACGUGAUGGCCAGAGAGGCACCGCCGUACGGAGGGGUGAAGCUAGAAGACCUGAUCGUUAAGGACGGCCUGACCGACGUCUACAACAAGUUUCACAUGGGCAACUGUGCUGAGAACACAGCCAAGAAGUAUCAGAUCAGCAGAGAGGAGCAGGACGCCUACGCCAUCUGCUCCUACAGCCGCAGCAAAGCAGCACAUGAAGCCGGCGUGUUGGCCCGGGAGAUCGUAGCUGUUAGCAUACCACAGAGAAACAAAGCUGAUGUGCUGGUGUCUGAGGAUGAGGAGUGGAGGCGGGUGGACUUCACCAAGGUUCCUAAGCUGAAAGCAGUUUUCCAGAAAGACAACGGAUGUCCGGAGCCAGGAUUGUGGGUCACAUGGUGCACAACCUGAAGUCAGGUCAGUUUGGACUGGCAGGGAUCUGCAAUGGAGGAGGCGGAGCUUCUUCUAUUCUCAUCCAGAAGUUCUAAGGAGAGAAGAACCACUUCCUGUUCUGAUCCGGUUUUUGUUGCUGUUUGAUUCAAAUGAAUUCAGUUUAGAAAACAUUUGAUUCAUCUUCAGUCUCAGUGGCCUUAAAGCUGAACCCUUCCUGGCUGCAGAGUUCCUAACACUCCAACUGUGAAAUGAUCUUUAUUUAACUCUGCUCUGUUGGUUAAUAAAUAGUUUUUUGAAAGUUC